CGGGACUGGUGUGACUUCCUAUAUAAGCAGAGACGAAAGUCUUGCUGUUCAAAGCUUUAUCAAGCAAGCAAUAAAGAUAACGGAAAAGUUAAAUACAUUUAGAUGAAGCCAACUUUAGGAAUGGAAGAAGGAAAACCAGUUGCAGUUUCAAUUCAAGGGAUGGUGGAGCAGCCAGAGAAACCUAAAAGAAGCCGCUUGAUUGCUGGAGUGGCAGUAGGCAUUGUUGCUCUUGUUAUCAUAGCAACUGUUGUUGGCUUGUCCGUGUAUUUUGGCGCAAAGCUGACACGUGACAACUUUCAGGAAGCCAGACAGUUUUACCACACAGACGACGGCAAAGUUGUAGAGGAGGUUUCCAAAGUAACGGAAAAAGAGGUCACUAUCAAAGUGCCAAAUGUAGUAGAGUCGGUUUAUGAUUAUAAAAAUGGAUUAGUAGUAGAACGAUUUGUCAACACGGAAACGAAAGAAAAAAGUGCUUGCUAUGCACGAUACCUAAAUAUGACGACAGCGCCUACCCAAGAUGCAAAGAGAUACGAGGACGAAGAGAUGGCGUUACAUAAAAAGACACAAGAGGAACAAUCGCCCCAGAAAUGGAAAGCUACAACAAGACAGUUGUCAAAACACGUGGUUUCGGAGAAUGUAGCAGAAAUGUGCAGAGAUACAGACAUCUUCUGGAUGGAAAAAGUAGAAGACGAGGGAGGCAUUGUAAAACGUGAAACGUGUUAUCACAUCGGUUACACGUACGUGUGUUACCCGAAGUCAUACGCAUGCUCAUAUUACUGCUAUCUAGACUACUACUGCAAGACCGCAGAUGGUAGUAUCUACCUGUACAAGGAGACUGAUGGCUGGUACUGUAAGGAAGGCUGUGACCCCGGCACCAAUAAUCCAGUAUGCCCAUAAGAUGCAUGAGACACUUUCGUGUGAAAUAAAUGUUUGCAAUGAAAUCUUACUUUUUACAAACGUUCCUGUAUCGAAAUAAUGGAUGUGAUAAAUAUUGACAUUUUACAUGUUUACAUUUUGAGUAGACUACCUACGUAGUCUAUGAAAUGUGUAAAUUUGCGUGUAUAUUGCAUUUUCAUUUCUUUUUUCUACUUUGUGUGAUGUUUUUGUAACAUUUUUGUCUCAAUACAUGUCAGUUGCAAUUUUGAAUCGAUGACAUAUUGCCAAUCAACGGAAUUGGCCGUUUUACAUGGCUCUGAUUUUCUUCAAUAUAUCAUUGUCAUAUUUUCGUACAAUUGUGCAAUACUCAUUUACUGACGCCGUCGUUUUAAAUGUUUUACAUGUACAUAUAUCAAUAAGGUUGUCUAUUUCAUUCUACUGUGGCCUGGGUACAGACUAUUUUGUGACGAAUCAAUGAGAACAAACUUUGAAAUCUUUAUUCUAAUUUUCACAUUCCUACAAUUCAGAUAAACGUAUCUAUUUGUCAUAAUAUUUUAUUUAUUUAUCUCAAACGAACUAUAUCAAGGUUGAAUUCAUAGUCGGAAAUAUACACGGAAAUGACCGAGCAUUCAUUUCUACUUCCAGACAGUGCUGAACAGUAUAUCAUUUUUACCCUGUAUUUCAAAUUUGAGACUGUGGAUAUUUUAUUUAUUUAUUUUGUGCAAUAAAUCUCUUUAAGAUAAUAAUAACAAUAUUUUUAUUAUAUGAGAAGUAAUUCUACAAGAUAUGUGUCUAAUAAUAUAGCCCUUGUACUACAUACACGUUCAGCAGUAUUUGAUCUUAUUUUACGAACAUGUUUUGCCACUUUAUUUAAUUUUUGUUUGCGUUUAUAUUACUAUGCAAGAUUUUUUGAUCAAUAAACGUUGAGACAGAA